AUGAAUUAUCAAAUAGAUCUGAAAAAUAAACAUUCGCGUAGCCAAGAUUUUAUUAAAAGACAAGUUUUUAAACAAGUAAUAACAAGGCGAAUGGUAAUAUGCCAACUAAAAAAAAUGAUUGACAAGAAACGAGUUGUUGAACCAGUCAGACCUAAGUAA